AUGAUCUAUCUCAGAAAGGAUAUAGAUGAAUUUGAUGAUCAACUUCACAAUCUUCUCGACAAGAAGCUCAUUGAAAGAACAAAAAGCCCUCAUAGCAGCCCUGCUUUUAUGGUACGAAACCAUAGUGAGGUUAAACGAGGUAAAGCCCGUAUGGUCAUCAACUAUAAGCAGCUUAAUGAACAUAUAAUUUUUGAUGGCUAUUUUAUUCCUCGAAAAGAUGUUCUUAUUAAUCAAACUCGUGGAGCAAAAAUCUUCAGCAAGUUUGAUAGUAAAGCAGGAUUUUGGCAAAUAAAAUUACGGAAAAAAUCUAAGCCAUUAACUGCUUUCAGCACACCAAGUGGUCAUUAUCAGUGGACCGUUAUGCCAUUUGGUCUCAAUACUGCAUCUCAGAUAUAUCAAAGAUGGAUGGACAAGAUCUUUAAUGACCUUAAAGACUUUGUUGUUAUAUACAUCGAUGAUAUUCUUGUCUUCUCUAAAACAAGAGAUGAACACAGAAAACAUCUCCAAUGUCUUUCAGAAAAACUGAAAAACCAUGGAAUCAUUCUAUCUCCAACAAAGAUAGAUGUUGAACAGGAAUCUAUAGAUUUCCUUGGCCUAGUUUUAACCCACAAAGAUCUUGAAAUUCCUCGCAAUUGGUUAUUCGAAGAUAUCAACUCAGAACCAAAAUUGCGCGAAUCAGUGGUUUACAUAAACUUCGGGAGCAUAAUAGUCGUGACACCCAAUCAGAUGGUUGAGUUUGCAUGGGGACCUGCUAAUAGCAUACAAAAGUUCUUGGCGAUCAUCCGACCUGAUCUCGUCACAGGUGACCCACUAGUUCUGCCACCCGAGUUUUUGACAGAGACUAAAAAUAGAGGUAUGUUAGCUUGCUGGUGUGACCAAGGACAAGUGUUGAAGCAUCCCUCAAUUGGAGGGCUUUUGACACACUGUGGGUGGAAUUCUACGAUUGAAAGCGGUGUUGGCAUUGAGAUUGAUAGUGAUGUGAAGAGAGAGAAGGUGGAGAGGGUAGUGAGAGAGCUAAUGGAGGGAGAGAAUGGUAAGGAGAUGAAGAAUGGGGUGAUGGAGUUGAAGAAGAGAGCUGAAGAGGCCACUGGUUCUAGCCGAGGCUCUUCUUUCUUGAAUUUGGACAACUUGGUAGAGGAAGUGCUUCUGCUUCUGCCCACUGACAAAGUAUCCCAGGCUUAA